GUCCUUGUCCAUUUUUCUGUUUUUAUUGAAAAAAUUUGUUAAUUUUUUCCAUUUGUUUUCCAAUAACAAAGGAUUCAUUGAUUGAAUACGCAAAGAAUCAUUCAUCACCAAAUAAAAAAUGCGUGUUUCUGUACUGGAAAUAUCGGCUCAAUUGGAAAAUGUUACCAAUCUUACGAUAUCAUCACAAUAUGAAUAUCAUAUAAAAUUUAAAUGUAAUAAUUGUGACACAGAAACGGAAAAUUUUAUGACAUUUUCCGAUGAUAGUAAAGUUCCAUUAAUGGGUGGUAAAUCAUUUGUCAAUCUAAUAUUUAAAUGUAAAGUUUGUUCAAGACCAUCAAAUGUUUCUAUUAUUGAUGGAUCAUUACGAUCAUAUCUAGCUGAAGAUUCAACAAAUUUUAAACCAUUAAUUGAAUUUGAUUGUCGUGGUUGUGAUCCAAUAUUAUUUCAACCAAUUAAUCGUUUUCAAUGUACAAAUAUGGAUAAUACAACAGAAUUUAAUGAUGUUGAUCUAAGUGAAUUAAAUUGGGCCGAUUAUGAUGAACGUACAAAUGAAUCAGUUGGUAUUUAUGAUUUUAAAUAUAGAUUUACAGCUAUUAAAAAAUCAACAAAAUGAAUUCAAAUCAAUCAAUCAUCAUCAUCUUUAAACAAGCAAUAACAUCAUAGUAAAAAAAAAUUCU